AUGUUACCCUUCUUCCAAGCCUUAGCCCUGACCGUCUUUUUAAGUGGGGCAGCUGCUCGUCAUAUACCGGGUGAUUUGGAAACCCCAGUAGAACGCCGAGCAACCAGUAGUUCUCAAUACUACAACAAAAAGACAUCUCCCUUCUAUGUGACACCAACGGGAAUUCCAAAUGUCUCUUUUGAUGUUGGCGAAAGUUAUGCGGGAUUGAUUCCUGUUGAUGCAACGAAGCCAAGCAAUGCCCAACAGAAGAUGUUCUUUUGGUUCUUCCCCACGGAAAACCCUGCUGGCAAAGAUGAUAUCAUCAUUUGGCUCAAUGGAGGUCCUGGAUGCUCUUCCAUGGAAGGUUUUCUGCAAGAAAACGGACCAUUUUCUUGGAAGCCUGGGACUUUCCUACCUGUAGCAAAUCCCUGGUCGUGGCACAAACUGGCCAACAUCAUUUGGGUUGAGUAUCCAAUUGGUGCUGGAUUUAGCAGCGGAAAUGUUACCGCCUCAAACAACGUCGAAACCGCGGAUCAAUUCCUCGGCUUUUGGAAGAAUUUCGUCAAAACAUUCGGCCUCCAGAACAAGAAAGUUUACAUUACCGGUGAAAGCUAUGCCGGUGUUUAUGUGCCUUACAUUGGAGCUGCCAUGCUAGACAAGAAAGACAAGACCUACUUCGAUGUCCAAGGUGCACUGUAUUAUGACCCAGUCAUGCCUUAUUCCGACGACCUAAACUUUGACCACGCGACAUUCCCGGCUUUCUUUCGACACUGGGAGAGUGUUUUCUCGAUCCCGGAUGCCAACAAAAAGAUCCUUGAGAGCGACAACAAGAAAUGCAAGCUGGAUAAAUACAUGGACGCGCAUCUUACAUAUCCGCCCCCCAAGACACCCUGGAAGGCAGCACAGGUCGACGGCUGUGAUAUCAUCGCUCAUUUCGACGAAAUAGUUACCGACAUCAAUCCGUGUUUCAACUCGUAUCAUAUUUUCGACACUUGUCCGGUUCUUUGGGACCCUCUCGGCUUUCCAUCGGUUAUGUACACCCCCGCAGGUGCUACUCUAUGGUUCAACGUGCCUGAGGUCCGCAAGGCUAUUCACGCUCCAGUUGGUUACGCUGAAUGGAGUGAAUGCCAAGGCCCAGUAUUUGCGGGCUCGGGCAGUGAUAACUACAACGGAACAGAGCACGCAGAAAAACUACGGAAGCUUAUCGAGAAGACUGGCAAUGUCAUGGUGGGGUCUGGGUUGGCAGACUACGUGAUCAAGCCAAAUGUGACGGCCCUUGGAAUCCAAAUGAUGGAGUGGAAUGGAAAGCAAGGCUUUCAAAAGGCCCCGAAAAAUGACUUGCUUCUUCCAGAGGUCGACAACAACAACGACAACAUCGCUAACUGGGCCGGUGGAAACGUCCAAGGAACAGCCCAUACUGAACGUGGCUUUACUCAUUCAACAGUCAAGAUGAGUGGUCACAUGGUGCCACAAUACGCCUCAGCCGCUGCAUUCAGGCAGCUUGAGUACACCUUGGGACGUGUGAAAUCACUGUCGAGCGGUGCGCCGUUCUCCGUGAAGAUCUCUACGACUUUCAAGUGGCCGUAUUAG